AUUCCUGCUACGGGACAUCACGGCGACGUGUACGAGAGUACAACACAGCGGAGGUUUUGUCAGUUAUAUGACUGUGAUUUAAUAACGAUGGUCAUCUGAUUAUCUUAAGCAGAGCUGAGCUACAGUCAGGGAAGGACUUUUAAUAUCGUCACUUCCGCUUUCAACGAGUUGGAGACGAUCGGACGUGAUAAUCUAUAACAUGAUCCACAACCAGGAGGCUGAAUCUGAAACUCGGUUUUACGGUUUUUUUAGAGCAGUCUCUGUUGGACUGACUCACAUAAUCUCCAUAGCUUUUCCCGUUUUUAUUGCUUUUCUUUCCCUACCCGGAACAAGUGUGUUUUCAUGGCAUCCUUUCCUGAUGACAUUAGCUUUCGGCUUCUUUAUGACGGAAGCCAUCUUGCUCUUUUCGCCCCACGGCUCCUUCAUCAAGAGGUUUCCGCACAAGACCAAAGGCCGCGUUCACUGGGUCCUGCAGAGCCUCUGUGGCUCCUGUGCAGUUCUGGGCCUGGCUGCCAUCUACUACAACAAAAACCUGAGCGGUAAAACCCACUUCACUUCGUGGCACGGCCUGCUGGGACUGGUCACAGUGUGCGCCGUGUGCGUGCAGUCCUUGGCGGCCGUGCCUCUUGUUUACCACUCUCUGGCCAAAGGCUGCUCCCUCGCCAAGCUGAAGCGCUACCACGCCGCGUCGGGGCUCGUCACCUUCCUGCUGGGCUGCGCCAGCCUGCUGCUCGGGCUCUGCUCCUCCUGGUUCACGGCGUCAGUAGGGGGGUACGCCUGGUACCUGGCGGCAAUCUGCCCCGCUCUCAGCGCUCUGAUCAUUAUGAACCAGGUCUCCAGUGCUUACGUUGCUAAAAAGCGGCUGCAGUCCUGACGGAGGCCCGUUGGAAGAACAGAGCUAAGCUCUCUGUGCUCCUUUUACAGACUGAAAUAUGACUUUGCAGAUCACAAACGUUCCUGCCUGUUUUGAUUUUUGGUGCAAUUUUUUUUUUUUUCUUGGUGAUCUUUUCAUGCUUGAAUGAAUGAAAAGUCAGAACGCGCAGACGACUUUAUGCUCGCACACUAGUAGGACAUGCUCUUUUAAAGCAACGUGCAUUUUAUUUAGCAUAAGUAUGCACUGCGAGCAGAACAAAUAAUCCAAAUGAACAAAAAUGGAAAAGCAGAAACAUGUGCAUAAUUUUUGAGUACAAAAAUACAAAUAAGUGAAAAAAAAAUAAAUAAAAACAUUGGUAAUAACUGCAAGUAUUUCUGUAGCUGAUUAUUGCUGAAUCUACUUGGGAAUUGGCGAGGUCGUUAUUUAAAGGUGGAAUACUGACUAAUCUGCUCUCAUCCAGAUAUACUUCACUUUUUUGCUUUAUUUAUUUUUCUUGCACAUUCCAACACUUAUGCAUAUAUGCCCAAAAUACACCACUGGUCCCACUGACUGCGCUUCAUAUAGAAAACACUUAAUUUAAAUGAAAUAAAUUGAUAUCUUUGAACUUUGUCCCUUUUAGUUGAGACCUUUUACGUCAUGUUACGUAUGACAAUAACGUUCACAUACAUUUUAUUGUCAUAAGUGUGAAUCGUUUAGAUUUAUUUUAAAUAAACAAUGAAAAAUAAAGUCUAUUUAAUAAUUGAA